GUUUUAAUAUGAAAAGCAUGUCUUAGAAUGUAUUACAGAGUAUUACAGAGUAUUCUAUGAGUGAUUCACGUCAUGUGAUUCGUCUAUCAAUUCAUUCGCUAUAAAGUUGUCUUCAAAACGACAUUCAAAACUACAGACGAGUCAAACCCAAGAUGGCUGACAUACCAGCGGGUGAUGCGGACAAAGGAAAGAAAGUAUUCGUACAGAGAUGUGCUCAAUGCCAUACAGUAGAGAAAGGUGGAAGUCAUAAGACUGGUCCCAAUCUUCACGGUCUCAUUGGACGCAAAACCGGUCAAAUGGCUGGAUUUGAUUACACCGAAGCAAACAUCAAAAAAGGUAUCACCUGGAAUAAGGAAACCCUUUUUGAGUACUUGGAGAACCCGAAGAAGUUCAUUCCCGGCACUAAAAUGGUGUUCGCAGGACUCAAGAAGAAAAACGAAAGGGCAGACCUGAUUGCAUACUUAGAGCAGUCGACCAAAUGAUGAGCUGAUCCAAUGGAAAGCAAUUCAUAUACAUAUAUAGGCACUAAUAUUAGUUAUUUAAUUAAUUAAUUGAAUUUUAAGUUUCUUAAAUUUUAAAGUAUUAAAAAUUUUCAAAUUGUAGUCAAAUUAUACAAAAUUGUUAUCAAAUUAAAAAGCAUUUGUUUUCUUCUUUUUUUCAAAUCUUAAUUGAGAUUUGAUUUCAUUGAAUAAAAUUUA